AUGCAGCUUGAAUGUCACGAUACCAGCACGGGUCCGCCCUCACCAUGCUCCCAUAUAGCUUCCCAGUGUGAACUUGGCAAGAUCAUUUUGCGGGUCCCAGAUCUCGGAGAAGUGUUUGAUCCCAUUCAAACCAACUCCAUCAAAGUCGAGAUAGAUCAGUGGUUUGCGUCGUUUCCACCGGCCUACCGAGAAAUAGAUCCGGAUACGCAAUGGGAUACGACACAUCUCCACGUGCCACUUCAACGUCACCACAUGCAUGCGAUUGGAUAUAUGACAAUGCUACUACCAUUCAAAUCAUUCCUCACCAAGACAUUCGACAGUCGAAGCUCCAAGACGGAGAGGGCAAUACGAAGCACAGCCAUCGAUAUUGCCGUACACUUAAUGGACAUUUCUCACGGACUAUUCGAUCAUGUUUACCCGCUAAAUGCCAAAUUUCACCUCGUCACGUUUCUGAUCUUUGAUACGGCUGCGUUCCUAUGCUCGGCCAUGAUCCACGACAAGGAUUGCAGUCUCCCACAACGGGAGAAUAUCAUCCAAAAAAUCAGCCUCGCCUGCUCUCUCAUGCAGAAACUUGCCCAGGUCACCAAAACGGGCGCAAUCUGCCAUCCAGUUCUCGUGCAACUCGCGAAAAGCCUAUCAAAAUCCUCCAAGAGAGCUGCCUCUGACCUAGAAAUCACCGGCGCUGGUCCCUCGCCAGAGGCAGAAAUGGAUGUGUUCCAUUCCUCAGAAGCUAUCUCUGCGGAAAUCCCAUCUUCGUCGUCGGAAUCUUGGAGUCCAAAUGAGAUUUUUCUGCCUGCUUCGCUAGAUCUUCCGCUUCCAGGAAUGGACACACCUCCGGUUAUUGGGCUGGGCGACUUUUCGAAUUUGGAUGUUGGUCAGUUUGACCAGAUAUGGGACUGGCAAAACCUUGACUUGACGUUGUUUCCCGCUUGA